CAGCAGAGCAGCGAGAAAGGUCCGGAUGGAUCAAACCCUGCCGCUGCCUACCAAGGCUAUAUGCAGGCUCAAAGAUGGGCUCGGCCGGACCCCGCGGGCCCCCCGGACCAUCAGGUCCUCCGGGAGUGCAGGGAUACCAGGGAAUGCGAGGAGAGCCGGGAGAGCCUGGAAGACCGGGUUCGUCUGGACCCCCAGGACCACAAGGGCUGUCCGGGAUGCCGGGAAAAGACGGACCAGGAGGAAACGACGGAGACUCCGGACCAAGAGGACCAAGCGGAGCUAUGGGCUCACGAGGUCUCUCGGGCAUGCCAGGAAUCCCUGGCGCUAAGGGACACCGUGGUUUCUCCGGGCGUGACGGAGCCAAGGGCGAACAGGGAGAGUCCGGAGAAAGGGGUCUGUCUGGUAAUACUGGAUCGAUGGGUCCUCAGGGACCUAUGGGACCUAGAGGCGGACCAGGAGACAGAGGAAGGGACGGAGCUCCCGGAGCUCCAGGACUCAGAGGACAAGAUGGUCUCCCAGGCCCCACUGGCUUGCCGGGCGCACUCGGUCAAGCAGGACCGCCUGGCUUCCCUGGACUCGCUGGACAGAAGGGAGACGCGGGAGGACCCGGUACGAAGGGAGCGAUGGGACUGCAGGGCCCGCGAGGAGACCACGGAACUCCAGGAAAGACGGGAGACUCAGGAGCACCGGGUGAUCAUGGCGCAGACGGCAACCCUGGUCUAGCCGGAUCUCCUGGCCCUUCCGGGGCGUCUGGAGAGAGAGGAGAGGGCGGCGGACCAGGCCCGCGAGGUUUCCAGGGUCUUCCGGGUAUCGUGGGCGCUCCCGGACCCUCAGGCAAGGACGGAGAGCAAGGAACCAUCGGGCCACAAGGUCCAGAGGGAAAGGCUGGACCCAGGGGAAGUCAGGGAUCGCCCGGCGAUCGAGGUCAGCAGGGAAGACAGGGCGACCAGGGACUUCAAGGAGAUUCGGGACCCCCGGGAAGUGAUGGCGACACGGGAGAAGCCGGACCUCUGGGACCCAAGGGUGUUCCCGGAUCAAGCGGACUCCCAGGCAUACCGGGACAGCGAGGCGCUCCCGGUACCACCGGGGGAAAAGGCGAACGGGGAGCACGCGGGACCUGAGGGCAAGGACGGAGCGGAAGGUGCGCCCGGUGACAGGCUCAGGCAUGCCCAGGAAUCACGGGACUACAGGAUGCUGCCGCACCCGCCAAGCGGCGAUGCUGGGUCCGCGGACCAGCCCGGAGAAGCCGAGCGAGGAUGUCCGGAGAGAGAGAGGACCCCCGGGCACGCCCGGACAACAGGGAUUCCCCGGUCCGCUGGGACCAGGAGGACUCUCCCGAACCAAGGAGGAG